AUGUUUCUGAGCUUCUCCCAGAGCGUACCCCACCCUGAGUACGCUGAGCAGAAGCUGGGCUGGACAGAGCCUGUCCUUUACCUGUGGGUAAAGACACCCAGGACUCCACCCACAAUCACACCCCUCGCUGAGCCUCCGCCCACACCCAACUCCAACACACACCACCUCCCCGACAGGUGCUGCUCCUAUGUGGGCCGUCGGGGUUGUGGUCCCCAGGCCAUUUCCAUCGGCAAGAGCUGUGACAAGUUCGGCAUCGUUGUCAGGAGAGUAAAUUUCCUGAAGAUGGAGUUAGGAGAGGUGAACUCCUUGGAUGAAGAGUACGACUACAACAGCAUCAUGCACUACACCAGAAACGCCUUCUCCAGAGACAUCUUUUUCGAUACAAUUCUCCCUCGUUAUGAUGUCAGCGGGGCCCGACCUCCCAUUGGUCAGCGGAUGAGGUUAAGUAAAGGGGACAUUGCACCAGCCCAGAAGCUCUACAAGUGUCCCACGUGUGGUGGGAGCCUGCAGGAUGGCCCCGGCAACUUCUCCUCUCCCGGGUCCCCGAACGGCUACGCCACCUACGCCCACUGCGCCUGGAGCAUCUCCGUCAUCCCCGGGGGAGAAGGUAUUGUCCUUAACUUCCAGUCUAUAGACCUGUACCGAAGCCAUCUGUGUUGGUACGACCGCGUUGAGGUCAGAAAUGGAUACUGGUGGAAAUUCCCGUUAAAAGGUUCUUCACUUUCCUGAUCACUUGAAUUCCUUCUAAAACCGCUUGUGGAACCCCUGGUUUCCACAGACAGUCGGCUGAUUGAGUUCCGCAGCAGCAGUAACUAGGUGGGGAAGGGAUUCUCCGCCAGCUACGACGCCAUUUGUGGUGGUGAGAUCCACAGAGACUGUGGACAGAUUCAGUCCUCCAACUAUCCUGGCGACUACUGUCCCAACAAAGUGUGUGUGUGGAAGGUGACGGUGGCUCUGGGGUUCCACGUGGGUCUGCGUUUCCAGUCGUUUGGGAUCAAGAGACAUGACAACUGCACCUGCGACUACCUUGAGGUGCAGGACGGAUGAAUGGAUAGCAGUCCUCUCCUCGACCGUUUCUGUGGCAACCAGAUACCCGACAACAUCGAGGCCAGCUCCAGCCAGCUGUGGCUACUGUUCAUGUCAGAUGGCUCUGUCAACAAGGAGCAGAUUGCAGCCAAUUUCUUCACAGAUAUAUUGUUUUCUAUUGUUUGUCUGUCUGUUUUCGUUUCUGUGACUGAUGAGUGCUCCAGGCCUGAUGAGGGCCAGUGUGAACAGCGAUGUGUCAACAUUCUGGGUAGCUACCGCUUUGUGUGUGAGCCCGGCUACGAGCUGGCGCCUGACCACUGUGAGGCUGCCUGUGGAGGCUUCAUUACCAAGCUGAAUGGUUCUUUCUCCAGCCCUGGAGAGGCUGUGUGUAUGACUUCUUUGCCUGGUGUGUUUCAGGUGUGUAUGACUUCUUUGCCUGGUGUGUUUCAGGUGUGUAAGUACGACUUUUUGGAGGUCCACAGUGGCCCCUCCUCUGGCCUCAGACUCCAGGGCAGGUUCUGUGGCAGCUCCAAGCCCGAGGCUGUCACCUCCUUCUUCAGCCACAUGCGCGUGGAGUUCAGGUCCGACAACGCCGUGUCCAAAGGCUUCAAAGCCCUGUUCUUCUCCGAUGUAGACGAGUGCUCACAGGACAAUGGCAGGUGUCAGCAGGACUGUGUCAACACAUUUGGCAGCUACACCUGUCAGUGCUGACAAGGGUUCGUCCUGCACAAAAACAAACACAGCUGCAGGGAAGCCGGCUGUGACCAGGUGAUCACCACUGUGUCUGGCACCAUUACAAGCCCCAACUGGCCAAAUAAAUACCGUAAGAAGUCCUGCACCUGAGCCCUCUCAACCACACCUGGACACUGCAACAAACUGGUACCUCCACCAUCAGCAUGCAGUCAAACUUCACCUUUUGCGCCUGCCCUGUGGACGUCUCCCUUGCCUGUCCUCUCCAAUGGUGAUCAGAUGUUCCUGUGUUUCUUCUCCAACAGCUCAGUGCAGAGGAGGGACUUCGAGGUGUAUUACGCAGCAGGUGACUGUGGAGGAAACCUACAGGCUGAGGUGAGGACCAGAGACGUCUACUCAUGGGCUCAGUUUGGCGACAACAACUACGCGGGCGCGUUGGACUGCCAGUGAGUGAUCUCGGCAGAGAAGGGCUACGGCGUGGAGCUGGAGAAGGAGGAGGGCUGUGGUUAUGACCACGUGGAGCUGUUUGAUGGGGCAGAUGCUGAGGCUCCUUUCCUGGGACGCGACUGUGGCUCUGGUCCUUCAGAGAAGAUCCACUCGGCCGGUGACGCCAUCACCAUCAGGUUCUACUCAGACGAUACGAUCAGUAAAAAGGGCUUCCAUGUGCGCUACACCAGCACCAGACACCAGGACUUGUUGCACACCAGCGACUGACAUGCUUUCCUGUUUGGAGUAGCUCCAGAGCAGAUAGUUUACAUGGUGAUGAGCCAGCCUAAGUCCUCACACAAGCGCUGUUGUCUGGUUCUACUCUACAGAGCCAACUCCGCCCCUAACCCUGCCCCCUCCCAGGCUGUGUGCAGUGAGGCCAGUCCCAUCACAUCCUGAUUUAUGACCUUAGUUAACCCCUCUGGCUCUGAAGCGAAGAAAAAUGGAGCUCUUACUAUGAAUGUUGCUGUAGAGUAACUCUUAAGUCUACCGAUAGCUGGGUGUGUGAGGGUGCCAGCUGAGGAACACAUGAAUUCUGUUGCUGCUGGAGGGCAGCAGUCCUGGAUAAAUUCUGCACCACUGCAGUUCUUCUGCCCUCAGACCUUUAGGACAGAGCUUCUGAGCACUCUAUUGGCUGGCUGCUCUGUGAGAGAGGCUCACUCAGUAAAUAUUCACUGAUCCGUUUCAGCUCCUUCACUACAUUUAAACUGUAACAGUGCAGUAAAGAGCUGUGAUUUUAAAGGUCUAAUAAACGUCUCCCAAGAUGCCAAACGUUGACUCAUUUAUUCUGUCUGGGUGAGAUUUAGGGUCCAUCUCAGCUAUAGGGUGCCAGUACAACAGGACAAGCAUUCAGCAGUGGGACAUGUGCACCUCCUAGUGUGCACCAGUGGUACUGCGCAUAGCUAGGCGUAGAUAGAUACAGGGUUACGUGGUCGGAGGUCAAAUUUCAUUGUCUGAAUGCACACUCACUUGUGACAACUAUGGUUGUCAGAUAUUCAGAAAAUGAAUUAAUAGAAUUAAUUGUAUUGAUAUUUUAUUGAUAUCUGUUCACAAGAUUACACUCCUGAACACCCCAUUACACAUGUGACUGUCGAUGGUGAUCUGGAUAUGAAAAACUGCUGAUCAGUGAUUGGUCCAUGUUGUUUGACUGAAUUCAAUCACUUCAUCUGAAACUCUCUUUUCAUCUCUCUCGCACUCUCUCAUUUGUAGGGAUGUAGUUUCAGUUCAAAAACUAACCCCUGAUUGGGUAAUGGGGUGUCUUUCAAAACUCAGAACUAACUGAAUGUAAACGGCCUGAGUCCUUAUAAAACAUUCAGACUGUUAGAUUACAAAAAUAAAGCAUGCUUUUACUGUACUGUUACAAAUAUAUAGAUACAUAUAAAAAGGUAAACAGGUAGACUAGUUAAAGUAAAUAUGUAGCUUACAAAGAUCUGUCCUGAAUUCACAGACAUCUCAGAGCAUGUUGACUAACUUCUGUCAGUUGACAAUGUUUGUGAGGUUUAUGGUAACAACGUGAUUUGGGAUAUGUGCUGUUACUCUGAGAUGAUUUCAUGACCU